AUGAAUGUCCGCCUUUCUGCUUAUAUUGUCGUUACCCACGAUUUAGUAUGCAUGAUCGUGCCACGUACAUUUAUAUUCAUUUUAUAUCCGGCAGAUUCGGCGUUCAUGGCCGUCAUGUUCACAAGUGAGGUGGACGAAGUUAUGCGGUAUACAGAUGAAGGACAAACCACCGAGCACUGCAAAUGGACCUCGCACGACGGCAACACGUUGCAUUGGAGCAGUCUGGUCGAGAACCUGCUUCGCGCGGGAUUCAUGCAAAAGCGUCGUAUGAUGCGGGUGAAUCCAUCGCAUCACAUGCACGGCCACAGACAAGUCGAUAUUUGA